GUGUUAGGGCCAUUUUACCCAUUACUACAGAGUCAGCGUGCCACAUCAGCUUAUUAAUCCAGUCAGAUGACAUUAAAUUAAAGAAUCUUCAUUUUACAAAGGGGAAUCUUCAAGUUUUUUUUUAUAGGAAAUAUACCAAAAGACCCCCAAAUAGCAGGGGUAAAAGUCUAUUAACCCAUUUGUUUUUAUCUCAUUCUCAUCAUGCAUUAAUUUUCGUUAGUGCAUGCAUUAAUAUUCGUUAGUGCGCUCACACCUUGUUUUUUUCCUUCACUUUAAAACCAAAACAAACCAAACUCAUUUUUUUCUUGAACUCAAACAUCAUGGUACACAACAGGUCUCUUGUCUAUGACAACAUGGAUAAUGCUUGCUUUCCUUCUCCACACCUUGAUGCUUUUCCAGCUGGUCUACGAGUACUCGUUGUUGAUGAUGAUCUAACUUGCCUCAGAAUCCUUGAAAAAAUGCUCAAAAAAUGCUUUUACCGAGUGACCACAUGUUGCUUAGCAAUAGAGGCUCUUAAGAAGCUCCGCGAAAGUAAAGGUACAUAUGACAUAGUGAUCAGCGAUGUAAACAUGCCUGACAUGGAUGGUUUCAAACUUCUUGAACAUGUUGGACUUGAGAUGGAUCUUCCUGUCAUUAUGAUGUCUGUUGAUGGAGAAACAAGCAGGGUGAUGAAAGGUGUUCAACAUGGAGCAUGUGAUUAUUUGCUUAAGCCUAUAAGGAUGAAAGAAGUGCGAAACAUAUGGCAACAUGUCUUAAGAAAAAGAAUACGUGAGGCAAGAGAAUUUGAAAGUCUUGAGGGAAUUCACUUAAUGAGGAAUGGAUCAGAUCACACUGAUGAUGGUAACCUGUUUGCUGUAGGAAAAGAAAUGAACUUAAUGAAGAAAAGGAAAGAUUUUGAUAGUAAACAUGAUGACCAAGUAUUCUUAGAUCAAACUUUCAUAAAGAAAGCUAGAGUAGUUUGGUCUGUGGAUCUUCAUCAGAAAUUUGUUAAAGCGGUGAAUCAGCUUGGAUUCGAUAAAGUUGGUCCCAAGAAAAUUCUAGAUUUGAUGAAUGUUCCAUGGCUGACUAGAGAAAAUGUUGCUAGUCAUUUGCAGAAAUACCGGCUCUACUUGAGUAGGUUGCAAAAGAAAAAUGAUCAGAAAUCGUCCUCAGGUGGAAUAAAGCAUUCAGAUUUACCUUCAAAAGAUCCAGGAUGUUUAAGCUUUCUCAACUCUUUCAACAAGCAACAAAAGGAAGGUGCAAUCGACAGCUUUGGAUAUUCAGACGGGACAUUAAAAAUUCAAAUGGAUACUACGAGUCAUGAAAAAAGAAGAGCUUCAACUAGUGACAUUCCUAAUCCAAAGAUAAGAAAGAGUUCAGAGAUAGGUCUUAACCAAUCUCUUGAAUCUGCAGAAUCAGAAGCAAACCAUACAGUAUUUGACUCCGUCAUACCAACACAGUACUCUUGGAAUGAAGUUCCAAAAAGGCCACUCGGAGAAGAACUUAACACACUUGUACAAUUAAAGGAUAAUCUCAGCCAUUUGCCAUUAAAUGUUACACAGCAACACUUCCAAAAUGACCGAUCACUAUCAAUUAAUUCCAAUCCCUCCGGUUACAAAAGUGAUUACAUUAGACCUGUGAAUUCAACGGUGUCUUCAGUUGAUACCUUUCCUAGUCAGUCCAAAAGCGAUAUCAUUUUCACUUCAAAUUUGAGUUUAAAAACACCAAAAUUUAAUCUUGGCUGCGCUUCUGAUAUGGAAAUCUACCAAAGAAACUUACUUUUGGGUAUUGAGUCAGCUUCAACACCUUUGGACGAGGACUUAAAUUUGUUCUUGUUACAAGGUGAAUACUAUGAUAUGAACUUUGACAUGCAGAAUAUAGAGAUGUCAGAGUAUUAUGAUCCAAGGCUUAUUCCUGAAGUUCCUACCAAUUUGUAUGCUUCAGGAGAUUAUUCUUAGCAUGAUAUUUGAUUCUGUCUUGCCUUUUCAUGCAUCUUCAACGAAAGUCCAACUCCGCAAAUGAAAUAACUGCUUACUAUUAGGUAUUUUUUUUCCCUUGUUAGAUAGGAUUUCGAUAAUGAAAAACAUAUAGAAAAGGAUAUGAUGUCUGAUGAGGAAACAUUAAGCUUAUCAAUAAGCUUGUUUUCUUUCUUAAUGCUACCAACUUGGUAGUUCGAGAAGCAUUUUCGCACGUUUGUAAUUUUGUAAACCAACAAUGGUUCAUAGCAAAAUGCUUGCUGAAUCACGCAAGUAAAUUCAUCAUUGCAAAAGAAAUGUAACUA